AACCGUUAGCCGCAAAAUCCAUAGAGUCGGUCCAAAUCAGGUGGACAACAUUGGUUCGUGGAAUCGUGGGUACCACUCUCAAGUCUCAUCCUAUACGAUGCCUGUGACGACAGUGACCGAUCCUGUUCCUAGUCACACCCGCAUACAACCAAAACCCCUUCGGACCGAUCUCCUCCUCUCUCUCUCUCUCUCCACACUCUCACUCGCCCCGAGUUCCCCAGCCCUUCUUCCCAGCAUAACUAGGGUUUCAAGCCACAGUCAGCUCCAAAUCAACUCUUCAAUCCCUCGCAAUGCCAUUCUUUGCUGCAAAAUAAGCUCGGAUUUCUUUGUUCAACGCCCCCCCCCGUGUGUUUGUGUAUUUGUGUCCACAUUUGUAGCUCUUUCUCCGACCAUACAUAGCAUGGCGAAGACCAAACCUGGAAAGAAAGACUUGGAUUCUUACUCCAUCAAAGGCACCAACAAAGUCGUCAGACCUGGGGAUUGUGUGUUGAUGCGACCAUCGGACACUAAUAAGCCACCAUAUGUGGCACGUGUGGAGAAGAUCGAGGCGGAUCAUCGGAACAACGUCAAGGUUAGGGUUCAGUGGUACUACCGGCCGGAGGAGUCGAUGGGUGGGCGGAGGCAAUUCCAUGGAGCCAAGGAGUUGUUCUUGUCGGACCAUUUCGAUGUGCAAAGUGCUCACACCAUAGAAGGGAAGUGCAUGGUUCACACCUUCAAGAAUUAUACUAAGCUUGAAAACGUUGGUGCUGAGGAUUACUUUUGCCGGUUUGAGUAUAAGGCCUCCACCGGAGGUUUCACUCCGGAUCGUGUCGCUGUGUAUUGUAAGUGUGAGAUGCCAUAUAACCCAGAUGACCUCAUGGUGCAAUGUGAAGGGUGCAAAGACUGGUUUCAUCCUUCUUGUAUGGGUAUGACUAUUGAAGAAGCAAAAAAGUUGGAGCAUUUCUCGUGUUCUGAAUGUUAUUCUGAUGACGACACAAAAAGAUCGCUAAACUCCUCCCUGGUGCCACCUUCUUCUGAGACCAAGGUGGAGCCGAAGCGAAGGAAGAGAUAACUAAUCGAUCGUGAUCUUUGCUGUGGAGAGGGAAGAGAAAGGGGAGAAAAGAGAGAAUGGUUGGUUUUGAAAACUUCCAUGUGAAUCGGCGAUAGCUACAUCCAGAGCAAGCUUCGGACGCUUGCAAGGAAAAGAAGAAAGGAUUUCAAAGCAGCUUUGAGUUCCUUCCAAGUAGUUCCAACUUGUGAGUUACCUGUGAUUUAGUGAAGUUUUACACGUUAUUGAGGCUUUCAGUAGAUUGAUUGCUGCUGCCUGAAUGAGAUUUCCUAGUUGGACUAAUUGUUGGUUCGUGAAUUGGGACUGUUCAGUGGGGUUUUCAUGUCUGGUGCUUUGGUGAGAUUUUUCCAGGGAGUCACUCCUGUUGAACCAGUGGUCUAUAUAUUCGGUUUCAAUGACUGAUGCCACUGGGUCGACAUUGCCUUUGCAUUUCAUCUAUUCCAUAGCGUUGCUCCCUGCGGAGUUUGUUUGCUUGAUGAUUCACUUGCAGUUAGAAUGUUAGAUACAAAGCUAUGACAAAUUUGCUUCAUUCUGAUGUGCGUAGCCUUCUGUAUUUGAAUUUUAGUUUCCCUCGGCCUGUUUUUGUAUAUCGAGUAUAAUUGAAGACUUGGAAAACAGACUGGGUCCAAUGAUUCCACGAUACAUGUUCGCUUCGUU